AUGUCGCUCAAGCCAAUCACUGUCUACGGCAUUGGCCCUGGCCCCAAUCCGUGGAAGGUGGUAAUGAUUCUCGAAGAGUUGAACAUUCCUUACAUUUACAAACUCAUCUCCAUCCCCGACAUGAAGAAAGAGCCAUUCCUUUCAAUCAACCCUAACGGCAAAUCUCCCGCCAUUGAAGACCCCAACGCAGACAUCACCCUUUGGGAAUCUGGUGCGAUCCUGGAAUAUCUUGUUGAAACGUACGACAAACAACAUACCAUCAGCUUUUCCACCGACUCCAAGGAUUACUUCCUAGCCAAGCAGUGGUUGCACUUCCAGAUGUCCGGUCAAGGCCUAUUCUUCGGUCAGGCCUUUUGGUUCACCCGCUUCCACCCCGAAAAGGUCCAGAGCGCCGUAGACCGCUACGUGAAGGAGGUCCACCGUGUAACUGGCGUCCUCAACCGGGCAAUCGAAGGCAAGGAGUACCUAGUCGGAGACAAGUUCAGCUAUGUGGAUGCCGCGUUUGUUCCGUGGUUUGGUUUCGUCGGCCUAUGGAAUAUCGAUAUGGAGAAGGAAUUUCCCAAUGUCAAGGCUUGGUUGGACCGCUUGCAGACAAGACCAGCCAUUGCAGAGGCUCUCAGGCAAAAGGCCGAGGCUUCUGCGCAGCAUUGA